AUGGCACCAGUUUCUGCAAGAACUCGAAUGAAGUGCAAGAAACUUGAGGAAAGAAAGCAGAAGAAGAAAAAGUCAUCAAUGGUUUAUGCUGCUACAACACCUACUUCUUCUACAGGCACCAAAGAAAUACAGGGUGAUCAUAGUGAGGAAGAUAUAUGUUCAAGUGUGUGUUCUACACCGAAGGGUAAAAGGUUCAGAAUACCAGAAGUGCUAAAAUGUCCACCAGCUCCUAAGAAGAGAAAAAUAACAACAACAACAACUAUCACAUCAUCGUGCUCAUCCAAGACCAAGAGAUCCUCAAUAGCAUUUUUUGCUUCACCAGAUAUAGAGCUCUUUUUCUUUUCUGCAAUUAAAAGUAGUGUACCUGCUGCUUCAAGUUUUACCCCAAGUGGAGUUUGA